UCUCUCUCUCUCUCUCUCUCUCUCUCUCUCUCUCUCAGUAUCUAUGAAAACGUAAUUCUCGUUUCGGAAUCCGAACAGGACCAAAAAGAAAUUCGAUUAAAAAUCUCCGUUAUCUCUUCUCCAUUUUCGCUUCUUUUCUACGAAAUCAGUGGAUGCACUGGCCGCGCUUCAUUUCUUAUUCUUUGAAAGGUCAGUCCCAACGUUUCUCUCCCUCUCUGUUAGAUCUUGUAGCUCACUUGCAUUGAUGAAGAUUGUCGUUCCCGCGAAAUCUGAGGGGCUUUGAUGUUUUAACUCUGUGCUAGAGUAGAUCUGGAGUGGGGCAGGGUUCUGGAUCAAUUUUAUUUCCGCAAUCUUGAAGUCAAGUGAAGAUGGCGACUACACUGGCUUGGAGGUUUUCUGCCAGCAAUGGCAGCAGCCUUGCCACCAGUGAGACGGACAAAAAUGGAGAUCCAAAACUUCAAGAAUCUGAGCCCGCAACUCCACAUUCAGUCGUAAAGAUGGGUUUGAGAGAGCGUACUAGCAGCAGUGUGGAGGAUCCAGAUGGAACAUUAGCAAGUGUUGCACAAUGCAUUGAACAGUUGCGGCAGAGUUCCUCUUCUGUGCAAGAGAAAGAAUAUUCCUUGAAGCAGUUGCUGGAACUUAUUAAUACACGUGAAAAAGCUUUCAGUGCUGUUGGAUCUCACUCUCAAGCUGUUCCAGUACUUGUUUCUCUUCUCCGAUCAGGGUCACUUGGUGUGAAGAUACAAGCUGCUACUGUUUUAGGCUCGCUUUGUAAGGAGAAUGAAUUGAGGGUAAAAGUCUUGCUUGGAGGAUGCAUUCCCCCUUUGCUGGGUCUCCUUAAGUCCAGCUCACCGGAUGGUCAAAUUGCAGCCGCAAAGACAAUUUAUGCUGUUUCUCAAGGUGGUGCAAAGGAUCAUGUUGGCUCCAAAAUUUUUUCAACGGAAGGAGUUGUGCCAGUGCUCUGGGAUCAGCUACAAAAUGGCCUCAAGUCUGGAAAUCUGGUUGAUAGCUUGUUGACUGGAGCACUGAAGAAUCUCUCCAGCAGCACCGAGGGAUUUUGGUCUAAAACAGUACAAGCUGGAGGGGUGGAUAUACUUGUGAAGUUGCUCCCAAUUGGACAGUCAGGCACACAGGCUAAUGUAUGCUUUCUUCUUGCAUAUAUGAUGAUGGAGGAUGCAUCUAUGUGCACUAGGGUCUUGGCUGCAGAGGCUACAAAGCAACUCCUCAAGUUGUUAGGAACUGGUAAUGAAGCCUCAGUGAGAGCAGAAGCUGCAGGUGCCCUUAAGUCUCUUUCUGCCCAGAGUAAAGAAGCAAGACGUGAGAUAGCGAACUCUAAUGGAAUUCCUGCUUUAAUCAAUGCUACAAUAGCUCCUUCAAAAGAAUUCAUGCAAGGUGAAUAUGCCCAAGCAUUGCAAGAGAAUGCCAUGUGUGCCCUUGCAAAUAUUUCUGGUGGGUUGUCAUAUGUCAUAUCAAGCCUUGGUCAAAGCCUUGAAUCGUGUUCUUCACCUGCUCAGACUGCUGACACCCUUGGGGCUUUAGCAUCGGCUCUGAUGAUAUAUGAUAGCAAAGCUGAAUCUAUGAGAGCAUCAGAUCCUCUGGUUAUUGAGCAAACAUUAGUCAAGCAGUUCAAACCUCGCCUGCCAUUUCUUGUGCAAGAACGUACAAUAGAAGCCCUUGCCAGUUUGUAUGGGAAUGCAAUACUCUCAAUUAAACUUGCCAACUCUGAUGCAAAGCGUCUGCUUGUUGGUCUGAUCACAAUGGCAACCAAUGAAGUUCAAGAUGAUCUUAUAAGAGCGCUUUUGACACUUUGUAACAAUGAGGGCAGUCUCUGGUCUGCACUUCAAGGCCGUGAGGGAGUUCAGCUGUUGAUAUCUCUUCUUGGACUUUCAUCAGAACAACAACAAGAAUGUGCAGUUGCAUUACUGUGUCUUCUAUCUAAUGAAAAUGAUGAAAGUAAAUGGGCUAUUACUGCUGCUGGUGGUAUACCUCCGCUUGUUCAAAUUCUGGAGACAGGGUCUCCUAAAGCCAAGGAAGAUUCUGCAACAAUCCUUAGAAACUUAUGCAAUCACAGCGAAGAUAUACGUGCAUGCGUUGAAAGUGCUGAUGCUGUUCCUGCGUUAUUAUGGCUUCUGAAGAAUGGAAGCCCUAAUGGGAAGGAAAUUGCAGCCAAGACAUUGAACCAUUUAAUUCAUAAAUCUGAUACUGCAACCAUUAGCCAGCUUACUGCUUUAUUAACCAGUGACUUACCCGAGUCUAAAGUCUACAUUUUGGAUGCUUUGAAAAGUAUGCUUUCUGUGGUUCCCUUCAAUGAUAUAUUGCGUGAAGGCAGUGCAGCAAAUGAUGCAAUUGAGACAAUGAUUAAAAUAUUGAGCUCGACUAAGGAAGAAACUCAGUCUAAGUCAGCAUUUGCCCUUUCUGCUAUUUAUCAAAACAGGAAGGAUCUGCGUGAAAGUAGUAUUGCUGUUAAAACCCUUUGCUCAGUCAUGAAGCUGCUGAAUGUUGAGUCAGAUAACAUCUUGGUAGAAUCCUCCCGUUGCCUUGCUGCAAUUUUUCUUUCAAUUAAGGAGAACCGAGAUGUGGCUGCUGUUGCCCGAGAUGCAUUGUCUCCCUUAGUUGUGCUUGCUAACUCUCCAGCUCUCGAAGUUGCAGAGCAGGCAACAUGCGCUCUGGCUAAUCUUAUUUUGGAUGCUGAAGUGUCAGAAAGAGCUAUUGCUGAAGAAAUUAUUUUUCCUGCCACUAGGGUUUUACGCGAAGGCUCAGUCUCUGGAAAGACCCAUGCAGCUCCAGCAAUCGAUCGUCUGAUUCACUCUCGCAGAAUUGAUUAUGCCUUACCUGCGCUAAACCGUUCCGGAACCGUUCCGGCUUUGAUAUCUUCCCUGAAUACGUGAGGUGGAUCUAUUGCUAUGUCGGAGGCACUAGAUGCACUUGCUAUUCUGUCAAGAUCAGAGGGGGCCAGUGGGAAGAUAAAACCAGCAUGGGCUGUUUUAGCUGAAUUUCCAAAAAGCAUAUCUCCUAUAGUUUCAUCUAUUGCUGAUGCAACUCCCUUAUUGCAGGAUAAGGCUAUUGAGAUAUUGUCUUGCCUUUGUCGAGAUCAGCCUGUUGUUUUAGGAGAAACAGUUACUAGUGCCUCUGGAUGUAUAGCCUCAACUGCUAAAAGGGUGAUCAGUUCAGCAAACUCAAAGGUUAAAAUUGGAGGAGCUGCCCUUAUUAUAUGUGCUGCAAAAGUUAAUCACCAGAGGGUAGUGGAAGAUCUUAAUGAAUCAAACUUAUGUACCCACCUUAUUCAAUCUCUUGUUGGGAUGCUUAAUUCUACACGCACUUCUUUGGGGAGCCAGGGAAGUGAUGAAAAAGAGACCAUUAGUAUCUGUAGGCAUGCUAAAGAAGAAGAGGAAGGCAGAAACAGUGAAUCUGGUAUUGGAACAACAGUUAUUUCUGGUGUCAACUUAGCUAUAUGGCUUCUCUCUCUUCUUGCUUGUCAUGAUGAAAAAAGUAAAGUCACAAUUUUGGAGGCUGGAGCAGUUGAAGUUCUUACUGAAAGAAUCAGUAAUUGUUUUGCACAAUACUCCCAGAUUGAUUUUGGAGAAGAUAGCAGCAUAUGGAUUUGUGCUUUACUGUUAGCAAUUUUGUUUCAAGAUAGAGAUAUAAUACGAGCACAUGCAACCAUGAAAUCCAUCCCAGUAUUGUCAAAUCUUCUGAAGUCAGAGGAUUCAGCAAACAGAUAUUUUGCUGCACAAGCAAUAGCCAGCUUAGUCUGUAAUGGCAGUAGGGGAACUCUCCUGUCUGUUGCAAAUUCUGGUGCUGCAGGCGGACUAAUCUCCCUACUUGGCUGUGCUGAUGUUGAUAUACAAGACCUCCUGGAGUUGUCAGAGGAGUUUGCUUUGGUGCACUAUCCAGAUCAAGUUGCUCUUGAGAGGUUGUUCAGAGUUGAAGACAUUAGGAUUGGAGCUACCUCUCGGAAAGCAAUACCUGCCCUGGUUGAUCUACUGAAGCCAAUUCCGGAUCGUCCUGGUGCACCUUUUCUUGCACUUGGGCUUUUAACUCAACUUGCAAAAGACUGUCCAUCAAACAAGGUUGUUAUGGUAGAAUCAGGUGCAUUGGAGGCAUUGACCAAAUAUCUUUCUCUUGGUCCGCAGGACGCAACUGAGGAAGCUGCUACUGAUCUUUUAGGGAUCCUAUUUAGUAGUGCUGAAAUUCGUAGACAUGAAUCAGCAUAUGGUGCUGUAAGUCAACUUGUUGCUGUUUUACGUCUAGGAGGAAGAGGUGCCAGGUAUAGUGCUGCUAAAGCUUUGGAGAGCUUGUUUUCUGCUGACCAUAUUAGAAAUGCAGAAACUUCUAGACAAGCAGUCCAACCCCUGGUGGAGAUUCUUAAUACUGGUUCAGAGAGAGAGCAGCAUGCUGCUAUCGCUGCUUUGGUUGGAUUAUUGAGUGAAAACCCAUCAAGAGCCCUUGCAGUUGCAGAUGUUGAAAUGAACGCAGUGGAUGUCCUUUGUAGGAUCCUUUCUUCAAAUUGCUCGACAGAGCUGAAGGGAGAUGCUGCAGAGUUAUGUUGUGUUCUUUUUGGAAAUACAAGAAUUACGUCCACAGUUGCUGCUGCACGCUGUGUUGAGCCUCUGGUCUCUCUCCUUGUAACUGGUCAGCCUGCUCAGCAGUCAGUUGUACGUGCCUUGGAUAAACUAGUUGAUGAUGAGCAACUUGCAGAACUAGUUGCCGCACAUGGUGCAGUUAUUCCUCUGGUUGGCCUUCUCUAUGGUAGGAAUUAUGUACUUCAUGAGGCUAUUUCCCGGGCUCUUGUGAAGUUAGGGAAGGACAGGCCUGCUUGUAAAAUGGAAAUGGUGAAAGCUGGAGUAAUCGAAAGCAUACUUGAUAUCCUCCAUGAAGCCCCGGAUUUUCUCUGUGCUGCAUUUGCAGAGUUGCUCCGUAUACUGACAAAUAAUGCUACCAUUGCUAAGGGACCAUCUGCUGCUAAAAUGGUUGAGCCCCUUUUUCUUUUACUUUCAAGGCCUGAGUUUGGGCCUGAAGGACAGCAUAGUGCACUACAGGUUCUUGUAAAUAUUCUUGAACAUGCGCAAUGUCGUGCUGACUACACACUUACAUCACACCAAGCUAUUGAGCCACUUAUUCCCCUGCUUGAUUCCCCAGCUCCAGUGGUACAACAAUUGGCAGCUGAGCUUCUGUCACAUCUACUGUUGGAAGAACAUCUUCAAAAAGAUCCAGUCACACAACAUGUGAUUGGUCCCCUCAUGCGAGUUCUUGGAUCUGGCAUUCACAUAUUGCAGCAGAGAGCUGUGAAAGCACUUGUUAGCAUUGCUCUAACAUGGCCAAAUGAAAUUGCAAAAGAGGGUGGUGUUAGUGAGCUGUCCAAAGUGAUACUGCAAGCUGAUCCUUCACUUCCUCACGCAUUGUGGGAGUCUGCUGCCUCUGUUUUGGCCUGUAUUCUGCAAUUUAGUUCUGAAUUUUAUUUGGAAGUUCCUGUUGCUGUGCUGGUGAGGUUGCUCCGGUCUGGCUCAGAAGGCACAGUGAUUGGUGCCUUGAAUGCUCUUCUGGUGUUAGAAAGUGAUGAUGGAACCAGUGCUGAGGCUAUGGCUGAAAGUGGAGCCAUUGAAGCUCUUCUUGAACUCCUCAGGGGUCAUCAGUGUGAGGAAACAGCAGCAAGAUUGCUGGAAGUGUUGCUCAAUAAUGUGAAGAUUAGAGAAUCAAAAGCAACUAAAUCCGCCAUCUUGCCAUUAUCCCAGUACCUUUUGGAUCCACAAACACAAGCCCAGCAGGCAAGGCUACUGGCAACUUUGGCCCUUGGUGAUCUAUUCCAAAAUGAGUCCCUUGCUCGAAGUGCUGAUGCUGUUUCAGCCUGUCGUGCCCUAGUUAAUGUGCUCGAAGAGCAGCCUACUGAAGAAAUGAAGGUUGUAGCUAUAUGUGCUCUGCAAAAUCUUGUGAUGUACAGCCGAUCAAAUAAGAGAGCUGUUGCAGAGGCUGGUGGUGUACAGGUUGUCUUAGAUCUGACUGGUUCUAGUGAUCCAGAGACCUCUGUUCAGGCAGCAAUGUUCAUUAAACUUCUCUUCUCUAAUCAUACAAUUCAAGAGUAUGCCUCAAGUGAAACAGUUAGGGCAAUAACUGCUGCUAUUGAAAAGGAUUUGUGGGCCACUGGAACUGUGAAUGAGGAAUAUUUGAAAGCUCUAAAUGCUCUAUUUAGUAAUUUCCCACGUUUAAGAGCCACAGAGCCUGCAACACUUAGCAUACCCCACCUGGUUACUUCCCUCAAGACGGGCUCAGAGGCAACUCAAGAGGCUGCCUUGGAUGCACUUUUUCUUCUCAGACAAGCUUGGUCAGCGUGCCCAGCUGAAGUUUCCAAGGCUCAAUCAGUUGCUGCUGCUGAUGCCAUCCCCUUGCUGCAAUACCUAAUCCAGUCUGGUCCACCCCGAUUCCAGGAGAAGGCAGAGUUUCUGCUGCAGUGUUUGCCAGGGACACUGAUGGUGAUAAUUAAGCGUGGCAACAAUAUGAAACAAUCAGUUGGAAACCCUAGUGUUUAUUGCAAGCUUACACUUGGAAACACUCCACCGAGGCAAACCAAGGUUGUAUCAACUGGCCCUAAUCCAGAGUGGGAUGAGAGCUUUGCAUGGUCAUUUGAGAGUCCUCCAAAAGGCCAGAAGCUUCAUAUCUCAUGCAAGAAUAAGAGUAAAAUGGGAAAGAGUUCUUUUGGAAAAGUAACCAUCCAGAUCGAUCGGGUGGUGAUGCUGGGAGCUGUUGCUGGCGAAUACACUCUCUUGCCUGAGAGCAAAAGUGGGCCCUCACGGAAUUUGGAAAUAGAAUUCCAAUGGUCUAACAAGUAACAAAACCACAACACAAGUAAUUAUUUUUUUGCUUUGCAAAUUGAAUUGAAGAGGGGAAAUAUGUUGAAAUAGAUAUCUUCAUUUUGGGUUAUUUUGUCAUGUCUGUAUAUAGCCUGCCGGGGUUUUCGAUUUUUGUAGUGCUUGUCCACAUUCAUAAAGGUAGUCAUUUUAUUCAUUUGUAACCUAAUCUUUGCACUCAUGAUGAAGAACCAGAUGGCAGAAGGUAUUUUUACUUAUGUAAUUCAUGUAUUGAUUUUUGUGUGUCUACGAUCUGGAGGAAAAAAUAAAAAUAUUGUCUGUUUAGACAUAUUUUUAAGACUAAA